AUGAAGAGUGAAAACGUCAGCGAAUCACAGCUACGUAACUGCGAUUAUGAAAUAAAGGAGCAAGAUCGGUACUUGCCUAUUGCGAACGUGGCAAGAGUAAUGAAACUGGCACUUCCCCAACAAGCGAAAUUAUCAAAGGAGUCGAAGGAAUGUGUUCAAGAGUGCGUAUCUGAAUUCAUUUCAUUCAUCACCUCGCAAGCCAUUGAUAGAUGUACACUUGAGAAGCGUAAAACUCUAAACGGAGAGGAUAUUCUAUGGGCAAUGUUCACUCUUGGGUUCGAGCACUACGCCGAGACAUUGAAGAUCUACCUCGCGAAAUAUCGAGAGUUUGAGCAAAUGGAGGCCGAGAGACGCCAGAGCUCCCGCAAAAGAAGGCCAAGGGCCGGUCAAUUGUACGAUUCUGAGAGUGAUAGCGAGGUGAUGAGCACGGAGAAUUUUGAAUUUGAAGAUUCGCCAGAGGAACCGUAUGUUAACUUCGAAGGCUUCAACUUUGCCAAUUCCGCGUGA